GCCUCCCUGUCAGAUCGCGGCCUGUUCUCGCGAGAGCCAGUCCGAGCCUGGUCCAAGAUGGCGGAGGCCGAGGUCGGCAAGAAGGUGGAGCGGUGCGUGGCGGAUGCGGUGGUGAAAUUAGGUGUUGGUCUUGGCUUAGGAAUUGUAUUUUCUGUUGUUGCUUUCAAACGGCGUCUAUGGCCUAUUACUUUUGGUGCAGGAAUGGGCUUGGGAAUGGCGUAUGCUAACUGUCAACAUGAUUUCCAGUCCCCAUACCUUCUUCAUGGAAAGUUUGUCAAAGAUGAAUCAGCAUAGUAUUAUUUUCUCAGACUGUACUUGCUGUUGCCCGUGGAUCAAUUCUGCCUGUGUGCUUGCAAUAGGAAUUCUUAUUGCUGUGCUGUAUUUAAUUUUACCUAUCAAACUUGUACACUAGCAUUGUCAUUAAUAAAGAGUUAACAUUU